AUGGCAGUCAUGCGAAGAGUAACAGCGGCGACUUGCUUGUCAGUUUGGCUCAGCGUCUCGCAGCUCCAGUGCUGCCGAGCCAACGAACUGGCAAUUGGAGUUUUAAUGCCCCUGGCAUGGACGCAGACGCAAAUCGCAACCACCGUUUGCUUCGAUUUGGAUGUCCGAAAAAAUUUCGAGCCGGCGAUCCGCGCGCGCUUCGGGGAGCCCAUCGUGACCAUCCCAAAUCUUCAUCCAGGCGUGGCAAACGUCACGAUCCGGAUGGGGACGACGGACAUGCAGCCGGAAGUCGGUGUGGCGACAGCAAUUGACUUCAUGCUUGGGCUGGAUGGCGAGCUGCCCAUCUCCGGCCUAGUCGGGACGGUCAUGUCUUCCAUCUCCAUGCCGGUGGCCGUCGUGGCCGCCGCCCAAAAGGUUCCUCAAAUAGCUUAUGGCGCGACAAGCCCAUCCUUGUCCAACAAGGACAACUAUCCGUACUUUCUCCGCACGAUUUCCCCCGACAGCAUCCAAGCACUGGCCUUCUGGAACUGGCUCGUUACGUUCGAGGUGCCACUGGCGGUGUGCAUCUACACUACGGAGCCGUACGGCCAGGGUCUCUUCACGGCCGUUCAGGAUUUGGCAAAGCUGGAUGGCCAGGAGGACCGCAUCAAAGGGCAGGGCCUUCGCUACAUGCCGCAGAACUACGUGUUUUCCGAGGCUCGCGCCACUGCGGAGCUGGCGAAAGGUCUUGGCUCAAAGUUCAUCUUUCUGAUGAUCAACAGCCAGGUGUCGAAUUUCUUAUCCGUUUUGAGAGAUCUUGGUAUGCUGGGCACCGGCUGGCAAAUCCUCAGCUCGACGGUGAGCACCCAGAACCUCGAAGAGUUUCCGAUCGGCUACAUGCGCUGGGAAGAUGUGAGCAAGGGAGAGAAGUGGCCGCAGUUUGCCGACAUUUGGACGGAGCUUACUGCCAAUGACGUGGUCGGACCGGAAGCACGACAGAGGUACAAGCUGGAUAGUUUGCGGGUCGCCUUGGAGGACAUGCGGUCAGAUGUGGUCACGGACAGCUUCUUCGACGACACCAGCUUGCUCAAGACCUCGGAGUCCUUCCUCUUCGAUGCCGGGUAUACGUUUAUCCUGGCCAUCAACAGUCUCCUCAACAAAGGCAACAACCUCACCGACAUUAAGGGCCAGCUCCUCCUGAACGAGGUCUGCGUGGCCGAUAUUCAAGUUGGCGAAUGGAUACUCCGAGGAAGGGACGAGGUCUGCGUGGACGUUAUCAUAUAA